AAGUAAUAAUUACAAAGUAUAAAAGCACACUACAACAGCUUCCCAAGGAAAAUACGACAUAAUUCCACCAAGAAUCCAUACAUAAACAAUGAUGUCGUACUCAUUUUUCCUAUGCAAUGUUUCACAGGCAUUUGUAGUGAAACCUGCACAUGAAUAAAUGUUCUCCAUCAUACCCUGGUGUAAAUAAUGGCACAGCACCAAAUAACAAUCAAUAUCCUUAUAUAUUAAUAGCCCUCUAUAAUCUGCUUAUUAUAAUUUGCUCAGACUGUAGCAAAAUCCAUUUUCUUUAACAAUCAAUUUAUAUCACAAAUAUAUAUGGAAAACCCUCUCAUUUUAAAUGGAUUUCUACCUCAUUAAACUCUUCUUAAUGAGUCUGGGGAUACAGUUUUCAAGUAAAUGGACAGAAGGUACUUUACAUAAAAUUAGCAGAGUUUGAAUAAAAACACCUCAUACAGCUAACAAAAAAUGAGCUACUUCAUACACUAACUACCUAGUGCAAUUUCCCGUUCUUCCAGGAAGGUUUGCUUUGGGAAGAACAACCUCAUCGGACACACAUCAAUAAUCUUUUUAAAAUGACAGACAGAAGUUGACUAUAUCCCUGUAUGUAACACUGAUUAUUCAGAAGUGCAUAUUGGCCCUUGCUGUUCAAUAAGUAUCUUUGGUAAUCUUACUCUAUGAUAGAUUCCAGGUACUAAAAUUCAGCUUCUUACUCACACUGCUAUAUACUAACUUUUUUAUUUUAAAAAAAUUACAAUAUUUUAAAACACAGUUGUAAAAAUGAAAUCUCCAGUCAUAAAAUUAAUUUGGAGAGAGAUACUGAAUUCCACAUCAUUCUAUCCUGACUUGAAUGAAGGCAGUAUUGUCCAAAACUUAUCUCUGUCAGAAUUCAUCUAUGGGAGAAAGACACAACUCUUUCAGUUUUGCAGCUGCUCAAGGAGUAUCAGGGUAUGUAGCAAAAAACCUGGAAGAUAAUAAAAGAACCACUUGCAAUAUUUUAACUUUUCCCAUUAGCAAUGGGAGUUCAUUUCAAAACUAUGCGCUUCAUUUUCCCAGAUGAUCUGGACCACUAGAUAUCCAGAUCCCUUCUCACUGCAUUUUCUGUUCCCUCUGCUCCAAUGCAGUAUCAUUGAAGAUAAAUACUCCAGCUGAUCUCAGCCACCUGAAACACAAACAAGUAAUGAACAGAAGAAAUAACAAGCAAUAUUCAGAUUUUCUUUUCCAUGCAUAAACUAUACAGCACGCCGCUCUUAUCACAAGCAUGUAACAUUUCCCCAGCACAAGACAAGAUCUUUCUUUUCUCAUCAAAACAAGAAACCAAAGCCCGCUUCCGGCGGCAUCGGUAAGUAGAGCUGUAGAAAUACUUUCUACAGUUCCAAAGCUUGUAUUCAGCCCCCUCCAUGGAGAGGGCGGAUCAUAAGCCCCCGUUUAUCCAUCCGCACAGGGUCCCCCUCACGCUCCCCGCCGCCCGUGACCCUCGGGCUCCGGAAAGGCGUGACCCGGCCCCGCCCUCAGCGCUGCGGGCUCGCCAUGGCGGCGGCGCGGCCGGCGCGGGCCCGGGCCCUGCUGCAGCAGAGCCUCUCCGCCCGCCUGCAGGUGCGGCCGCCCGAGAGCGGCUCCGAGGCGCAGUGAUGCUGGAUCCAGAGAGGACUUGUUAUCUACAUAUGCUUCUUCAAAGGUGCUGAUGAGGAUCUUGUCCCAAAAAUUGUUGAUACGCUGUUGAAUGUUAAAUUAAGUGAAAAUGAAAACGGCAAGUUUGUCUCUGUUCUUGAUUUACCAGGCGAUGUACUCAUCAUACCACAAGCUACCCUAGGUGGUAAACCAAAGGGAAGAAAGAUGCAGUACCAUGCAAACAUUGAAAAAGAAAAAGGGUUGGAACUUUAUUCUCAGUUUGUGACUUUGUGUGAAAAAGAACUGGCUGCCAAUGCCAAAUGCAUGGAAGCCGGUGUUCUUGUCAAGCAUGGUACAUAUGGAAACAGGCAGGUGUUAAAACUGGAUACAAAUGGACCUUACACUCACCUGAUCGAAUUUUGAAAAAAUAAAUUGUAUCCACAAUACA